UUCCCCGGCUGUUUCGAGUUUCCAAAGCUUCGUUCCGAAAUAAAAUUCGGGAUCUCUCUUUGUCUCUCUCUAAACCCCCAAACCCUUUCUCUCUCCUUCCCAAACAAACUCAAUUCUUUUGAGAAGAUCCACUAAGAUCCCGAUUGGUUUGCUUAAUUAGGGCUUCUGCUGUUCUCCGAGCAAUUUUGUUUUUUUGCACCCUUUGUUCGACAAAUUACUCGUAUUCUGUUUUUCAUGGAUGAACCGGAUGAGAGAGAUGGUUCUCUUGGUGUUUUAGAGUCAACUGUUACUGAUGGGGAGCAUGUAGUGGAUGAUUCUAGUGUUAGUAUUAAUAAGGAACGGGUUCAGAGUUCGUUGUCUGAGGAGAUGGGGAGGGUGGAGGGGGGUGAUGCGGCUUGUAAUGGUGGUGGUGAGGAUAUUAUGGUGGAAGUUUUGGGUUCUGAUGUUUAUUUUGAUGGUGUAUGUACUGAUAGGGCUGCUGGGAAUUUGGAUGAGGUUGGUUCUGGUGGUUCAACGGGGGAGGAGUCUCCUCGUGGAGAUACCGGGGCCUUCAACGAGUCUGGUGUAGGGGUCUCUGGUGGUGUGGAAAGUGAGGGAGUAUCAGGGGUUGGGGAAUCAGUUAAAGAAUCAUCUCAAGAAGGUGUGGAGGGUGAUGAAAGUGUCGUUGAGGCUAUGGAUGUAGAUACUCCGGUAGUUCAUACUAGUCCAGAUGAUAAAGUUUUGAACAAUGAAGAGCCUCGUAAAGUGGAGGCUCAUUCUGAGGAAUCGAAGAAUUCUCCCACAGACAAUGGGUUUGGAGAUGACUCAGUGCAUGCAGGUGGGGGAAUCGAACUUGUAACAGAGGAAGCCCCAAUAAGUGAUGGGGGAGAAAGUCUGGAAAAAGGAGCAGGUCAAAAGAGUGUGGAAGGAAGUGAGCAAAUUGUUGAUACACCAGUUGACCAGCAGGGUGCAGAACUUGGAGUUUCCGAUGUGGAUGCACGGAAUCCUGGAAUCAAGACUUCGACUUCUUCUGCAGAUGGUAGUGAAAAUUCAACUUCACUGGGCCAUGAUGGUACUGAAAAUGCUCCCGACACACGCAUUGAAAAAGCUUUGAAUCCUGAAGUUAUUUCUCAUAAUGAUGUUGCAGGGAAAGACCUUUCUAAAUUGGACAGGGAGGAGAGUUGUAUAGUUGAGACGGAGGAUGAAGAUGUCGGAAAAAGUGAUCCUGUAGAUGCUCAGAACCCAGUUGAUGGAGGAGGGGAACUUCCUAAUAGCAUUUUGACUUAUGGGAAGAAGUGUGCAGGGCUAAAGUCAGUUCAAGUCCCAGAUAUAGCUGCACGAGCACUUGAGAGUGAAAAUUUGGAUUCAAGUAUAACAGUUCCUGAAAAGGUGGUGAAUUCAGAUCCAGCUGUAGCUGUGGAUUCGAUAUCGUUGAGUCAACCGAACCAGGAUGAUGAGGUAACUGUUGCAGCUAAAAAUGAUGGGAAAAUUUUGGCUCCAAGUAUUGAGGUUUCUGCUGAAAAUGAGCAAAAUUUGAAUGUGCAGAUAGAAUGCAGGAGUAUGGAGUCAGAUCCUCAAUCCAAUGGACAAGGCGGGGGCAUUGGCAUGAAUGUCGAGGGAAUUGCUGUUAUUGAUAGUAAUCUGGCUGAUUUUGAGAAUGUGGAAGGAAUGCAAGAUGAUCAAAGUUUCAAUGUUGACCAGGUGGGAUUACAUGGCGAGGAAGAAAUGGAAGACAUGUCGGGUAUUGAUAACGAUGGCGAUCAAAUUGAUGAAUGUGCAGAAGAGAAUCCUGAAAGUUCAGUACAAUUGCAUCAAUCUCAUUACGAAUUGCCAUUGGAGAAUGAAGGUGAUUUUUCUGUUUCUGAUUUAGUGUGGGGUAAAGUGAGGAGCCAUCCUUGGUGGCCAGGCCAGAUAUUUGAUCCAUCUGAUUCUUCUGAUAAGGCAAUGAAAUAUUAUAAAAAGGACUUCUUUUUGGUUGCAUAUUUUGGGGACUGUUCAUUUGCGUGGAAUGAAGUGUCUCACUUAAAACCUUUUCGGACACAUUUCUCCCAAGAAGAGAUGCAAAGCCAUUCAGAAGCUUUCCAGAAUGCUGUUGAGUGCGCUCUAGAAGAAGUCUCUCGACGAUAUGAAUUGGGGCUAGCGUGUUCGUGUAUACCAAGAGAAGCAUAUGACAUGAUUAAAUGUCAGGUUAUUGAAAAUGCUGGUAUUAGAGAAGAAUCAUCUAGAAGGUACGGUGUAGACAAAUCUGCUAGUGCUACAUCAUUUGAGCCAGCUAAAUUCAUUGAAUACAUCAGGGACUUGGCAAAGUUUCCAGCUGAUGGCGGCGACCGUUUGGACCUAGUGAUUGCUAAGGCCCAGCUGACCGCAUUUUAUCGUCUAAAGGGCCAUUGUGGCUUGCCUCAAUUCCAAUCCGGCCUGGAGGACAGUGAGUUAGACAGUUUAUGCAUUGAAACGCAGUCAGGUGAUUACGCUCAGCAUGCAGAUCCUUGCCAGGAUGAUGCACAGACAUCCGCAUAUAAGGAGAGUUUGGAAGGACGGAGUAGUUCUUAUCAUAAACGCAAACAUAACUUGAAGGAUGGUAUGUUUCCAAAGACGAAAGAAAAGAGUUUGUAUGAACUUAUGGAGGACGUAGAUAAUCUAGAUGGAGAGAAUUGGUCUGAUGCAAGGACGACUACUGCAUUGGUGUCACCUUCUACUAAGAGACGGAAGACAGAACAUCCUAUUGAUGAUUCUGGUACGUCGGAUGGAAGGAAAACUAUAUCCUUGGCAAAGGUUUCUGGAACUGCACCUCUUAAACAGUCCUUCAAAAUUGGUGAUUGUAUUCGUAGGGUUGCUAGUCAGUUGACUGGUACACCACCAAUUGUCAAGUCUAUUAGUGAGAGAUUCCAAAGGCCAGAUGGCAGCUUUGAUGGGCAUGCGGUCCCUGAAUCUGACGUUUUCCUUCAGAACUUUGAUGAUGCCCAAAGAGGUAGGGUAAAUUUUCCUACAGAGUACUCCUCUUUGGAUGAAUUGCUUGGCCAACUUCAACUAGUGGCAAGCGAUCCAAUGAAGGAAUACAGCUUCUUGAACGUAAUAGUCUGUUUUUUCACCGAUUUUCGAGAUUCUUUAAUUUUGAGGCAGCAGCCUGGAAGUGAAGAGGCCAUGGACAGAAUCAGUAGUAAGAGGAGAGUACAACUUACUUCUACUUCUGCUUCACCACAAACUUUUGAAUUCGAGGAUAUGAGUGACACUUAUUGGACGGACAGGGUUAUCCAAAAUGGAACUGAAGUUCAGCCCCCUCGUAAAACCAGAAAACGUGAUUACCAACUUGCAGUUGCAGAGUCGGAAAAGGCUCUUCAAGGGAGUCGGAGGCCGUACAAGAAGCGACAUUCUGCUGGAAAUCAUGCUAUGUCAGCUGAGAAGUUUACUGGCUCUGUAGAUCAGCCAUCUCCUGCUGAACUUGUAAUGAACUUUUCUGAGGUGGAUUCUGUGCCAUCAGAAAAGACCCUGAAUAACAUGUUUAGGCGGUUCGGACCCUUAAGAGAAUAUGAGACUGAAGUCGACAGGGAGGGUGGUCGUGCAAGAGUCGUUUUCAAAAAGUCUUCUGAUGCAGAAAUUGCUUAUGGCGCUGCUGGAAGGUUUAGCAUCUUUGGACCAAGACUUGUAAAUUACCAGCUCAGCUAUGUUCUUUCUACCCUUUUCAAAACUUCUCAAAUUCCCAGACUUCAGGAUCAGGAAAUGCAUCUCGAUCUUAGCACGUCUCAAUUCCAGGAAAUGCAACUUGAUCUAUCCUCUUUCCACGACCAUGAAAUGCAGCUUGAUUUAUCUUCAAUUCAUGACCAGGACAUGCAACUUGAUCUUUCCUCGAUUGGCUACCAGGAAAUGGAAUCUGUCCUUGGUCCGAACCAUGACCAGGAGAGUAAACCUAAUUACACUGCUCAUCUUGGGGAGAUGCAGGCUGGUUUUUCAACAAUCCAAUAUGAGAGGCAAUCUGAUCUUUCCUCAAUGCACGAUCAAGAAUUGCAAACUGUUUUCGCUUCAAACCAGGAGACACAAUCAGAUAUUGUCACUGCUCAAGACCACGAGUUGUGUCAUAACUACACCUCAACUCAGCUUGGGGAGAUGCAAGGUGAUCAUACUCUGACUCCUCAUCAUGAUGAGCUACCCGUUUCUGCCUCAGCCCAGGAGCAGAAUAUGCAACCAGUUUUUGCUACAAUCAAGGAGGAGAAGACACAGCCAGCUAUCACUACACUCCAAGAGGAGUCACAGUCAGUUCUUGGCACCAUCCAGGAGCAAGAGACGCAUGCUAUUCUUGACACUGCCCAACUUGGUAGGAUGCAAGCUGUUCCUUCCACACCCCAGGAGCACGCUAUGCAACCGGUCCUGGCCGCCACAGUUCAGGAGAAUUCGAUGUUGCCAGUUCUUACCUCUGCUCAGGAUCAUGAGAGGGAACCUCUGGCCACAUCAGAGGAGGCGUUGGGGGAACCUGUUCCUGCCAUGACAGAAGGGCAAGAAACACAACAUUCUCUUGGCACAAAAGAGCAGGCAAUUCAAUCUGUUACCAUUGCAACUCUUGAACAAGGAGACAGACAGCCAGUUGUUUUAAUGGUGGAGGCUCAAGGAGAAGCUCCGAUGACUCCUGCCUUUACAGAGGGGCAGAAAACACAAGUUAUUGACUCUGCGAAGGAACACGAGUCUGAACUUGAUCUUGGCGCAAAAGAGCAGGCCAGUCAAUCUGUUACUGUAACAGAUGGACAAGACGACACACAUCUACUUGUUUUAACUGGUGAGCAGUCUCAAGAGGAGACUCAGCCUAUUUCUGCCUCAAUGCAGGAGCUGAGGACUGUACCAGAUGUUCCCUCAGUCCAGGAGUUGGAUCAUGAUGAGGAUGCUGUGCAAGGACAGGAGUUGCAACCUGAUCCCGUGACAACUGAGGAGCAUGAGGCUGUGCCAGACUCUUCUACAUCCCAGGUGCAGGAUGUGCAGUCUAAUCAUGCUACAGAACUUGAGCAGGAUCUGCUUCCUGAUAAUGCUACAAAUGAAGUGCCAGAGGUGGAUUGUGAUGAUGGCACACAUCAGGUGCUGGAGGCACAGCAUAGUACUAACAGAAAUCAGGAGCUGGAGAUGGAUAUUGCGACAGAUCAGGAGCAGGGGAAACAAUGUCAUGAUGCAACAAGUCAGGAGCAGGAGAUGAAAUGUGACAAUGCCACGAGUCACGAGCAGGAACUGCAAUGUGCCAAUGCCACUAGUCAGGAGCAGGAGUUACGAUGUGACAAUGCCACAAAUCAACGGGAGAUGGAAUGUGAUAAUGAUGCCGAUAAGAAGAAGCCUGUAGCGAAAUCUGGUGAGUCUGCAUCCAAUAAGCAGGAUGCACAAUCUGAUAGUGAGCAACAAUUGCAAGCUGAUCAUGCCACUAACCAGGAGGCAGAAUCCAAUCUUGCCGCACAAGAGCAGGACAUAAAAUCUGAUGGUGUGGAAAAACAUCCUACUCAGGAUCAGGCGACGGAAUCUGAUCUUGCUGCAAUCCCAGACUCUGAGACACAUCCUGAUCCUGUCCCCACGAAGGAUCAGGAGAUGCAACAUAGCCCUUCAUCUUUGGAAAAGAACACAGAUUAAUUUUCAGGGUUGUUGAAAGAACACUAAUGGCUUUUUCCAUCGCUAUGCAGCCUCGCACAUUAAUUUGAUGGUCAAAUUAUUUACAUAUGUGUUAUAUAUAUUUUUGGGAAUGGGAUGAAGUGCUUUCAACGUCAAAGAGAACCAACAUCAUGUCAUACGGAAAUGCAAUAGCCAACUGAAGACCACAGUGCCACUAACGAGAGAACGACACGACGUGUGCCAAAAGGUGAUCAGACCAUCGUUCAAAGUUGCAUCUGGUAAUCAGUUUCAUUCGGGGUUACUUGAGGCUCUCCCCCUUCGUUUCAUUCUCAAAUAUUGACAGGUUUUAAUGUUUUAAGCUUAGUUCCUCCCCGACAGUACUAGUUGAAUGUAAAUUAAUGUUAGCCCAAGCUUUUCCUCCCACUUUCUGUUGAUUUGUUGGCGGAGGCUGGCUUUUGAAUCUGAUACAUCUUGCACUCUACACUACGUUUUCCAAUCACAGCCAUCGAAGUGAAGCAUGGAGGAGCUUAUUUGGAAGCCAAAUGGUUUUGAAACUUCAUGCUUUCUUUUUUUGGAUAGCUGUUGCUCCAAUGUAUAGCAAUCUUGGGGAUUGGACCCAACCCCAUCUCAGCCGUUCAUUUUCAUUUGAUAAAAAUUUUGCUCCGUCGGCGUUUUUUGUUGGAAUGACAAAAUUUGGCUCUGAAAAUAACGUAAUAGGAUUGAAAUGCUUCAGGU